ACUUUUAUGCAACAGAUGAGUCAGUGUUUAUUUCUGUUUCAGCACCAGGUUAUGUCCUAACCUUUUCCACACGGCCUCGCCCUGUCUGCCUGUCUCCACCUACAGGCCUCACCCGGCUCUGGUUAAGUGUCUGGAGUCAGAUGAGACACACACACACACACAGUUAAUACUUACAUAACCCCUGACCUAAAACUAACCUCAAAAAUAAAUCUUCAGCUUAAAUUGUAUAAUUUGUGUAAUGGGGUCUUGAUUUCUGACCCCAUAAGGAAGUCAAGCUCCCAUUAGGUGACUGUGUAAAUAGAUUUAGGUCCCCACAACAUGAGUAAAAUACCUGGACCAUUCACACACAUAGUUACUACUUGCAUAACCCUAACCUUAAACUUAACCUAAACCAAACCUAACUCUAACCUUGAAAUAUAUAUUUGUCUCAAAAUGGAAUUAUUUAUGUUGGGGCUGUGUAAACAGAUUUAGGUCCUUACAACAUGAGUAAUACCUGGACCACACCCGCAAACACACACACACACACACACACACACACAAACACACCCACCACAUCCUUUAAGGCUCCUGAGGUUGAAUUGUUAUUUAUGCAAAAGACAGUUUUGGACUAGAGUAUUUUCCCUGUUCUGAGGUAUGAGAGGGAGGGUGUGAGAAGUAGAGAGAGAGAGAGAGAGAGACUGAGGGAGAGGGAGAUAAAUUGCAGACGUCCACGUCAGAACAGUUUCAUUCCACAGGUCUGGUCAUGGAGCUCAGAGGAGUGUGCGUGCUGCUGGGACUUCUGCUGCUGGUGAACUGCUCGCUGCAGCAGACUGCAGCUAGGAAGAAGCCCGUGAAAAAAGAAACAACCAAAGAUGCUGCCAUCGAGGAGCUGCAGAAACAGAUCAACGACAUUGUGGAGGAGCUCAGCCACCUGAAGGAGCAACAGGCCCUGCAGACAGUCUGCUUGAAAGGUAUAAAGUUCCAUGGCAAGUGUUUCUUAGCUGACCCCGUGAAGAAGCGCUAUCACACCGCCAGCGAGGACUGCAACGCCAUGGGCGGAGUCCUGGGCACGCCCUCAUCCGACGACGAGAACGACCAGCUCAGAGACUACCUCCGCCAGAGCAUCGGCCCGGACGAGCAGAUCUGGCUGGGCUUCAACGACAUGAUCACAGAGGGCACCUGGACGGACCACACCACCUCCGGCAUCACAUACAGGAACUGGGACACCUCCAACUCCCGGGCCCCUCAGCCGGAUGGCGGCCAGGCCCAGAACUGUGCCAGCCUGUCUGGGGCCGCCCGUGGGAAGUGGUUUGAUGAGAACUGUCGUGAGGAGAAGGCGUCCGUCUGCCAGUUCAACAUUGUUUGAACACAUUUAUCGCAUCUGACUCUGCAUGCUCCUAGCUGCUUUGUCUGUGUACUCUUGCUGCAACGCCACUUUUCCUGCUACUUUAAAAAAAAUGAGUUGUUAAGCCAGUGGUUCUCAGCUGGUUUUGCACCUGAGACCAAAUUCAAAUGGGAAAAGCUGAUGAAGUGGUUAUUUCUCACAAAAUAGACCUGGUGAUGUGUAAUUUGCAGCGUUCUCCCUGGUCACUGUUAAAACCAAGGAAACCCAAAAAGUUCAGUGGAGAGUAAUUAAGAAAUUAUGGGAUAUUUGUCUUAUUUCCAAGGCAUCAGUAAUUUUGCAUUUUCUAUCAUUUAUUUAAAAAGAAUAUGUACACACAUUAUUUUCUCCAAUUAUAUAAAAGAUAAGCAGGCUGUUAGAUGUCCAUGAUUCAAAAUACCAAUGUUCAGCAGUAAGAGCUGGGUGUAACUGGGUGUAACUUCACUUUUCCACAUCUCUAUUACAAAAAGCUCCUGAACUCACUGGUUGAGAACCACUCGUUUAAACUCAGGCCUCCCUUCACAAAAAACAACUACUGUAGUUUCCCCGACAAGACUCUUAUGGAGCCAGAAUAAUAUAUAAGAUGCAUAAAGAAAACAAACAUCUUUAUUGAGAAUUAUUUUUAAGAUUACUUCAGUUUGCUAGUUUCUGUAGUCUCCUAUAAUGUCAAGCCUGAUAUAAGCUGAAGAAAACAAUCAAUAAAAUGCAAAAGAAUGUU